AUGUUUUAUGGUUUAUUGCUGCUUAAAAUUGACGAAUUAUGCUUGAAUAGGGAGAGAGACAGCGCUUUGUUGAGAGCGGAACAAGAGCGUCAGAAGGUUCUCGCACUGGCAGCUGAAGACCACGCCACCGUGCGUGAACGCAUCGUCCUCCUUCAAGAAACGAUCUCAGAUUUGGAAAAAACCCUUGAAAGGACAAAACGUGAGGCGAAAGCGAGAUGUGAAAAGGACGAAGCUGCAUUAAAAACCGCAAAGGAAGAGCUCCAUAAUUGUCUGGAAAAAAUGGAUGAAUUCAAAAAGAAUUACGAGACGGAAGUUGUGAAUCUGCGGGCUCAGGUGAAGUCUCUUGAAGCGGCUCUUGAACGAACAGUGCACGAAAAUAAUGAAGCGAAAAUAAAGCUUCGACUUUAUGAAGAAACAGAAUUUUCACACAGAUCAGAGUUUUCUCGUGCCACGAAACUCCUUCGAGAAGCUGAAGAAGGUCGUAGCAGCCUUCGAAGCGAGGUGGAUGAUCAGCGAAGACAGAUAACCGAGUUGGAAUGCACUAAGAAUGCUUUGGAGGCGAUAGUGCAGGAUUUACGGCGUCAGAUGCGGGAUGCGGAAGUGCAGAGGACAGAUCAAAGUCGAUCUCUGGAUGAAAUGCGUGGCAGACUGGAGGCAAGCGAACUCAGACAGCAUUUUCGUCGUGAUAGCGGAGUGGCAGAUAGCUCUGGCCAGUCACCAUUUCCUUCCUCGAUACCAAUUUCCAGAUCACAUAAUGAUAUCUUGAUAAGUGAUUUGAGGCAGAAACUAACCGAGUAUGAGAUUGCUAAUGCCCGCUUGCAACAGGACUUCGCUGAAUUGAGAACUAACCAACUGGAAGAAGUUAAACAAGAGUGCUCGGCAUUGCGAAAGGAGUUGGCAGAGAGCGAGACCGCUCGAAGGCGGUUGGAGGACGAAUUAUCGAGUUUUCGGAGUUGUGUCGAAGAUGCAGGGGAUCGAUCGCGUUCCCGUCAAUGGCCAACUGGUCUCAACGUCGAGGAGGUCCUACUCGAUUGCAGACGUCUCAAGGAACUCGAGCGAAUCCUCCAGUCACGCUUGGAGUCGGCAGAGCAGGAGAACGCGCAGCUGAAGGCGGCGCUGAAUUUAGCAACGCGACGACUCGCGGCGGCAGAGUUGGAGACGCGAGUGGCCAACGAGGCUCGUAGUGAAGCCGAGUCGCGUCUGUCAGCCAUCCACUCCAUCUUGCGUCGUCUUCUUGGCUUCCACCAGCGUCGCGGUGCCUCGCCAAACCUCAUGCUCCUUUCCAAGCGUCGGCGCCGACCAUUUCCACCAGAUGACAUUGAGACAGGCUACUGCGAUGACCCCGUGAGGCCGCGAGAGGGAUCUACCUCACCUGGAAAAAAACUCGAGAAACCGGAUUCGAAGUCGCAUUCGUCUAAGAGGAGAGGUAGUCAUUUGCCACAAGAGUGGACAGAGGUGGAGUUCGAAGAGAGGCAGCAGGCCAAUUUGACAUCGUCUGUCGACUUGCAUGGCAGUCAAUCCGGUCUCCGCUGUGCACGUGGAGAGCGAUCCCAAUCCUUGACUUCUGACCUUGACCCAGAGGCAGUAGGGUACACCAUUCGAGAAAUGUUAAAUCAGUUAGCGGAACUGGAAAAUGAACGUGAUGAUGCACUCAUGAGCAAACGUGUCUGUGAGGAAGAGCUUCUAACUACCACUUCCCAACUCAACGAACGUUAUGAUGAGAUUCAGCAGCUUCGACAAAUCAUCAAUUCCUUAGAAGAAGAGCAAAAGGCGCUGUCAGAUCAACUACGCGAAUCACGUUCUGAUUUCCAAAACCAGGAUUCGGAGUUGCGGCGGGUGUCGAGGGAGCGAGACGAGGCAAUGGUGCGAAUGGAAGAGCUGCAAAAAAGUUUAAAACUCCUGCGGGAGGAUUCCAGAGCCAUUCAAGAGAGAUUAAACGCUUCGAAGGCGAUGGAAGCAAGGGCUGCUGAAGAACAGAAGAAGGAACUUAGGAUCUCUCUUGAAGAUGCUAAAGAGCGCCUUGCUGUUUCAGAAUCUGCGCGAAAAUCUCUGGAGUCUGAUCUUAGCCACCAAAAGGCGAUAAACACGGAAAAAACAGAUGAAAUUAAGGCUCUGAAGGUUCGAUUGGGUAGUCUGACGAGUACACUAGCGGAGUUGGAGCGCCGAGCAGAGGAGACGACGUUGGCGAUUGAGCGACUGUCUGCUCAACACGAGGAGGCCUCACGAAGGGAGACUGAAGCCCGCUCUCGGGCACAGACAUGUGCUGAUCGAUGUGCAGACUUGGAAACACAGAAUGCACAACUUCAGGAAAGGAUCACAGCUAUUCAGCGCCUUCUGGACAAUGCCGAUCACAACCAGCACCUCCUUCAGGAGCGCUUGGACAGCACGCAAAAGUGUCUGAACGCCAGUAAAGAGCAACUGGAACAGCUGAAUUCGCGUUUUCAGAAACUGCAGGGUCAGCUGACAGACACUGACUUGGCACGCUGUGAGCUGGAGAACCAGAAUCGCCAGCUCACGAGACAACUUGAGGAGCUGGAAUCCCUUCAGAAGGACCUCACUCAUCAAGUCAUCAAUUUAAAGCUUGAGAAAGAGAAAGUACAGACAAGGUUGGAUGAUCUGCAAGGGGCUAAAUCUGAUUUGGAGAAUUCACAAAAGGAAUAUGAGCGCGACAACAAGGAGCUGCGUGAAAAGCUCAAAGAAUUGCAUAUAGAAUUCGAACACAUGGUGAGAGAGAGACUCCGUGAAAAGGAAUUGAACAAUCUGUUGGUAUCGAGUCAGGAGGACAUCCGCAAGCGCUCAAACAAACUGGAGGAGGAGAAUCUGGACUACCGACGCCAGAUACAGAGACUCAAUGCGCAGUUGGCGUUGAGAGAGGAAUCACAUGCCACUCGUCUGGACGAGCUCCUUCGACAGCGCCAUGCACAGAUUGAGAAGGAAUUAGAGAGGAAAUGUAGCGCCUUGCAGCAAUGCGAAAAGUCUCUUCAUGCCAAGGAGCAAAGCCAUCGCAAACGUGUCAAAUCUCUUGAAGAUCAGGCAAGUUCUCCGAUGGCUCUACAACACACCCGAAUGGUGUGUCCUAUUCAACGUAAUUUCCUUGAAUCCUGUACAACUCUUAUUCCACUUCUUCGGAAAGCAAAAUAUUUUGCAACUCACUUUGGAUUUGGCGUGAGAAUGUUGAACGAGCAGCUGUCGCAUGAGGCGACCAGACGUCAGCUCUACAUGUCAACGAGUCGACUGCCAAUCGCUUUUGUGUCCUCGCUGAGUCACCUCCCCUCCACCCUGGCGCACUCCCACGAGGGCCUCUCCUCGCUCUCUCCCGACCUCAGCCGACCAGCUACCGAGGUGCACGACUUCCCCUGGGUAACAUAUCAUGGCGAUAUGGUGGGUCUUAAAUUGCAUGGAUUUAUUGAACUAACUAAAGCUGAGCCUUGGAAUUGACCACCACGUCAGCCACAGGCGACUUCAGCUGUUCAACCACGGAUUGAAACUGUGGGCGACGCGCUUUCUGCUAGUGUCACCGCUCCGAAUGCACCCUGGGCAGAUGCCAGUGUCCAGACGCCCUCUACGUAG